AUGGCCGCGCCUCCAGCUCGCCGCUCUCCGUUCUACACGCUCGAAGAUGCCAAGAUUAGCUUUAACAUCUUCUGCUGCUUCUGUGGUAUUGGCUCGCUGUCCAUGCCAUCCAACUACGCGCGCGCGGGGCCGAUCUACGCUACGGUUGCUCUACUUCUGAUGGCGUUCGUAAACAUCUACGCGACUAUCGCUCUGGCCAAGGUCAUCAACGCAGCACCGCCGUCCGUCAAAACAUUCACGGAUGUCGGUGCCUGGGUGUUUGGCAUCACAGGUCGCUAUGCUGUCAUGAUGUCGCAGCUGUUAGUGUGCCUACUGCUAUUACUAGUAUAG